AUGCUGAGCAGAACAGAACACAGAGGCGUGUGCAGGCUGCUAUCAUCAGUGAUGUCUGGGACAGAGUCUCAUACAGACAGAGAGGAGGACUACAGGUUCCUCCACAGCAUGCUGAUGGAGAAGAAGCUCCACCUGCUCUUUAAGAUCCACGAGCGGCUGAAGCGUUUUGAGAAGCGAAGCCCGAUCCCCGUCCAGGAGCACGCAGCAAGCCUGGCCUCAGAUUUGGCCGAGGAGCUGAUAUACCAAGGCCGGAGAGAUGAAGUCAAAGAACUGGUGGCGCUUUUUUCCAAACCCAACUUUAAGAGUCUGCUGUGUGUCCACGACGCUGUGGCUCAGAGAGACUUUGAGCCGACUCUGCCACCAUUACCUGACGAUGUGCUGGAGGACGAUGAGGAUGCGGUCAAAAUUGUCAGUCUGGUCAAAACCAAAGACCCACUGGGGGCAACAAUUAAGAGGGAUAAAUCAACCGGGGCCAUUGUUGUGGCGAGGAUCAUGAGAGGAGGUGCGGCCGAUAAAAGCGGCCUGAUCCAUGAAGGAGAUGAGCUCAAGGAGGUGAACGGAGUCUCACUGGAGCACAGGAAGCCAAAGGAAAUCCUUCCUCUCCUGGCUCGUUCUCAGGGUGAGGUUACGUUCAAAAUCAUUCCUGCCUCCUCCAAGGAAGAAAUGUCAUCGGCUAAGAAGCUGUUCAUGCGGGCUCUUUUUGACUACAAUCCUAACGAGGAUCCCACCGUCCCGUGCAAGGAUGCAGCCAUAGCCUUUAAAAGAGGCGACGUCCUCCAGAUUGUCAGCAUGGAGGAUGAUACCUGGUGGCAGGCGUGUCACAUCGGGGACAGAAACGCUCGGGCGGGGCUCAUCCCCUCUCAGCAGCUCCAUGAGAGGAGAGUUGCACUACAGCGACCUAAAGCCCUGUUCAAGCCCCGACGAGUCAAACCACCAGAUGAGGGGGAAGUCAUGGAGGAUGUCGACUACGGAGCUAUAACAGGGAUCCACAUCGCUGGUUUAAGACGGAGUUUCCGACUUGGCAGAAAGAGCAGUUUGGCCAGAGAGGCGGCUCGGUGCAGGAGGUGGAGCACGGGGGUGCACCACUCUGUUCGUCCCCCUACCUACAUGGAGGUGAUCCCCUACUACCGAGACCCCAAAGACACACACCGCCUGGUCGUUCUGGUCGGGCCCGGCGGCGUUGGCGUCAACGAACUGAAGAGGAGGCUCCUGAUCUCCGACCCUGACCGCUAUGGCGUCACCGUACCGCACACCACACGUGAAAAGAGAAGGCAGGAGAACGAGGGGGUGGAUUACCAUUUUGUGUCCAUUCACAUGUUUGAAGAGGACAUUCUCAAUCAUAGGUUUGUAGAAUAUGGGAGAUACAGAGGACACUACUAUGGGACAAGUCUAGACUCUGUGCACAGAGUGAUGGCUGAGGGCAAGGUGUGCAUCCUGGACGUGCACCCUAGUAAAAUAAAGCAUGUGUACACGUCUGAAUUCAAACCGUACGUGGUGUUCGUGAAGCCCCCGCGCAUCGAGGAGCUGCGCCUCACCAGGCGGAGAGCGAAAUUCAUCAGCAAGAAAGACGACAAGAACCCAGUCAGGGUCUUUUCAGAGGAGGACUUUGAGGACAUGAUUAACUCGGCUGAGAACAUGGAGAACCAGUGUGGUCACCUGUUUGACAAGGUGAUCGUCAACGGAGAUAUCGCCGUGGCGUUCAGAGAGCUGAAGGCCGACCUAGAGAAGAUGGAGGAGGCAGACGUCCAGUGGGUCCCGGCAGAGUGGGUUUGCUCUUCACCAACAAAAGCCAGAAGAAGCUGUGGUCAUUUGGACAGCUGGAUUUGA